UGAUUUCUUAUGUCUAUUACAGCUUAAGAUGUCUAAAAAAAUUCAUGGAGGCUCUGUUGUGGAGAUGCAAGGAGAUGAAAUGACACGGGUCAUCUGGGAACUAAUUAAAGAAAAGCUGAUUUUUCCAUAUGUAGAUCUGGAUUUGCACAGCUAUGACUUGGGCAUUGAGCAUCGUGAUGCUACAAAUGAUAAAGUAACUGUGGAAGCUGCUGAAGCAAUAAAGAAGUACAAUGUUGGGAUAAAGUGUGCAACCAUCACUCCUGAUGAGAAGAGAGUGGAGGAGUUCAAGUUGAAGCAGAUGUGGAAGUCUCCCAAUGGGACAAUUAGAAACAUCCUAGGUGGCACUGUCUUCAGGGAGGCUAUUAUCUGCAAGAACAUUCCCCGAUUGGUGUCUGGAUGGGUGAAACCCAUUGUCAUCGGCCGUCAUGCUUACGGGGAUCAAUACAGAGCAACUGAUUUUGUGGUACCUGGGCCUGGAAAAGUAGAGAUGACCUACACUCCAGGAGAUGGUGGCAAACCAGUCACGUAUCUGGUCCAUAACUUUGAAAGCUGUGGUGGUGUAGCCAUGGGAAUGUACAAUCUUGACCAGUCUAUUAAGGAUUUUGCCCACAGUUCCUUCCAAAUGGCACUGUCUAAAGGCUGGCCUCUCUACAUGAGCACCAAGAACACCAUCCUGAAGCGAUAUGAUGGCCGCUUCAAAGACAUCUUCCAAGAGAUAUAUGACAGAGAAUACAAAUCCCAGUUUGAAGCCAAAAAGAUCUGGUAUGAGCAUAGGCUCAUUGAUGAUAUGGUUGCUCAGGCCCUCAAAUCAGAAGGAGGCUUUGUCUGGGCCUGCAAGAACUAUGACGGAGAUGUGCAAUCCGACUCUGUUGCACAAGGCUACGGCUCUCUGGGGAUGAUGACCAGUGUGCUGAUCUGCCCUGAUGGCAAGACUGUUGAAUCGGAAGCUGCUCAUGGUACAGUUACUCGUCACUACCGCAUGCACCAGAAAGGCCAGGAAACUUCCACUAACCCCAUUGCCUCCAUCUUUGCAUGGACACGAGGACUUGCUCACAGAGCUAAGCUGGACAACAACACUAGCCUUAAGACCUUUGCAGCUGCCCUGGAAGACGUCUGCAUUGAGACCAUUGAAUCUGGCUUCAUGACAAAGGACCUUGCUGCUUGUAUCAAAGGCCUACCUAAUGUCACACGCUCUGACUACCUGAACACCUUUGAGUUCAUGGACAAGCUUGCUGAAAACUUGAAGGUGAAGCUGGCCUCUCUGCCUAAAUAAGACAUGGGUUCUAUGCAAGCUCUACUAAUCAAGCAUCUCCCACUUACACCAGAGCUUAAGUGGCACUCUGUCCCACUCGGCUGUGUAACAUUUCAAAUAGUAGUAAAAAAUGAACAUGUAUGCUGUUUUAAAUGUUUAAAAGACCAUGUUUUCUUAAACCCGUUGAGCUGCUGGGCUAGGCCUUACUUUUGCUAAGCAGAUGAAUGUGAUAGAUUUCAGGCUCAAUGUGGAUCUGGAUUUCUAAUGUCAUUUGUAGCAGACCUGAUGUUUCUCUCCAUGACUGUUAUGUUUCUUUUCUCUGUUAGACUGUAAGCCAGUCUGUAUCACAGCUCUGGUCAAACAAGUGAUGACUUACUGUCCAACAGACCUUAGAAAUCAGGACCAUCCUCAGUUCUCCAGUACUGUCCACAGAGUGUAAGUGAGCUCACAGGGCUAUGCCAGCUCUACUGCAGCACCUCUCUUACUCAAUUUAUCUUUCUGUUCUAACUGGAGCAUAGUAGCCUGAUUUGGUCCUAUUGCUACAGUCAUUGCUGUAGCAUUUGAGAAGCACUUAGUAAAUGCUGGAAACAAGCCCUAUAGGCUAAGAGCCUAACAAAGCUAUGCUGCACUGUCUAAAUGCAGGCCAUGCAUUUACCCCAUAAUUUAUAAAGGUGCAAAUUUUUUCACUUUUCUCCAGUUGUCUGGGCUAUUACUUAUCUUCCCUGUUGUGAUACAGCAAGCCAGGUUAUGACUUUGAAAAAUAUUCCAUCCAUGGUUUUGUGUUUGGGGCUUUUUAAAAGAAUAUUUUCGGUCAGACUAAAAUAAAAGCCAAAUAAUGUUCUUUGUGGCUCUCCUUCGUGUGAUUAGCAUAUAUGGGGAAACUCUGCCUCAGAGAUUCCAGUACCUGUCAGUACCAUCCAGUAUAGGCUGGGACUGACUGUUGGAAUCUCUCCUUUCUUAAGAGUUUUAAUUUGUCCUGUUGUAUGUCAAGAUGUGUUCUAUAGUAUAGUGGUAAGCAUCAGUUAGUACACAAGGAUUUAAUGGUAACGCUUCCACUGAAGUUUUGUUUUAGAACUAAUACAACUCAAACUGAUGUAUCAAACAGCAAGGAUCAGAAACUGGUUUUGCAGGAGACAAACUCUCACCCUGCAGCUGAGUUGCUGUAAGUGUUGGUUAGAACAGAAAUACCAUCUUGGACUAGAUCGGCUAGUAUUAACAUUUGUUUUGGCAUGAAGAUGUGUUCAAAAUGCAGCUCUGCAGCUGUCACUGUGCCUUCAAUAUGAAUGAACAUGGUAGUCUACUGUUCUGUUAUUAACACAAGCAUGUAAAGCUCAAAGUCCCAUUGUUAACCUAUAGAAGCAACAGAAACAAUCAUCAGGACAACUGGAGAUUUUGUGUUUCUGCCUGGCCUCUGAUAUUUAUGGUGCUACAGUCAGGUCCUACUCUAGCAGUACCUCUAACACAUUCCUUGUUCUUUACUGGCUCCUACCCCACUUCUGGAGUUAAGGGAAAGCCUGGUACCUUUCAGGAAACGGAAUAAAUUUUAAAAUCAUGUGCUUUGUGU